AUGCAGGGGGAGGGGAGUGGAGGACGCACAGAUGCCUUCGUCGACGGCAUCCUCGCUAAUCCUCAGCAGCAGCAACAGCAGCACUUCCCACGCGAAGCUUCACUCCUUGUCACAACAAAGGAUAAUACCGAAGUUGCGUCAGUCACAUCAUCCAAGAUAGAGCACCGCCAGUGGAGCUCAACGAAUUUGGGUCGACUCCGCCGCAACGAUGAUGAUGAGGCAUGCAACGUUCUGAAUGCAGACACUUCUUCGCGCUACUCUAAAGAGAUGCUCCAGGCGUUAUUUGGGUACGCUCUCAUAUUCAUCAACUUCACCUUUAUUGUGGCGUCAAUGCUCCUGAUUAUGUCCGGCAUCGUCGCACGCGGAAAUGCGGCAGUGCGACUUUGUGCGCCCUGCGGCCAAAUCACGCUGGCAGCCCUUGUCUUUGGCAUCAUUCUCUGGCUUUUUACUAUUUUUGGGUUCAUGUGGAUACGCCAGCGGCAAAUGAUGUUCCUUCUGGUGUAUGUUGGCUUUUUGGUGAUGCUCUUUAUCGCUCUUCUCGUGCUCAUCAUUGCGGCGGCUGUGUACGACAAGGACGCCCGCGUAUCCGUGAUGGACCCGAGUAGCUUUUUUGACGCAUGGGAGCGUGGCGUCAAUGACACUUAUACGGGCAAUAAGUACGAUAUUUGCUCUUUGCAGGAACGCUUUAAUUGCUCUGGUUUCCGAGACGGGUGCUGUCUGCCUGGGGAGUGCUACAACGCAAGUGACCCGCCGCAGUGGGUGAGCCGUGUCUGCCCGAAGUGCCCGCCGCCGUACCCGCCCAUGACGCCGGUAGUCUGCACCGAUGUUGUGUACUCGACUGUGCUCAAGAACUUGAGUGGGUUCUUGGUGAUUAGCUGUUUUUCAAUGGUGCUGGUGGUCGCCGGCAUUCUAUUCGCAUUCCUUUCAAGGCGUGCGAACCGAUUGAUGAUGGAGGGUGUAACGUGA